CGGAGCCGAGUCCAGCCACUGGGAGCCGGGUGGGGCGGGGGCGGGGCAAGCUACGAAGAGCGGGGACGCGCCUCUGACAGUGCAAUCAGCGCCGCCUGGUCUCGGGUGGGCCGGGUCAGGGACCCCCAGUGGUGUCGUACCGAUGGGGCUGUGUUUCCCCUGCCCGGGGGAGUCGGCGCCUCCCUCGCCCAACCUGGAAGAGAAAAGAGCAAAGCUCGCAGAAGCUGCAGAGAGAAGACAAAAAGAGGCUGCAUCCCGGGGAAUAUUGGAUGUUCAAUCUGUGGAAGAAAAGAGAAAGAAAAAGGAAAAAAUAGAAAAGCAAAUGGCUACAUCUAGGCCCCCACCAGAAGGUGGCCUUAGAUGGACAGUUUCAUAAAGAAUACCAUGAGUGGAACCGUCUACUGUCAGUAACUUAAUAUCUACAAUCAAGUGGACUCUUCAGUUUAAUUUCUUCUCUUUGAAUAAAUGAAGAUUUAGACUUUGUAAUGUUAGUGCCCUUAAAUGUAGUGCCAAAUCUAUAUUGACUAUAUUGAAACAUUUCUGAUUCUAACACUUAUAAAAUGGCGAGAAUUCUCAUUAUAUCCUCCCCCCCACCCACAUUUGAUCUUCUGCAAAUAGGGAGUGACUUGCUAGCUUUUAGUAGUUACAACAUGCACUUAAAUAUUCACUAUGCAUAUAUGGCUUGUAAAAAUGCUGCAUUCACUAUAAUAUUAAAAUUUGCAAUUAUAUUUUCCUUCCUUUUCAAAUGGAUCUAGUACGAGUUGCACUACUUAGCCUUAUUUCUGUUUCUAUUUCAUUACAUAUAAAAAUUUUAUGUAAACUUACAAAUUUAGUGCCUUUAAACUGAUCAUCAGGGAAAAUCAUGAAAACCCAUUUGAAGGGCUUAUGUAAAGGAACACUAUUAUGUUUUGUAACUAAGUAACGUAUAUUUAUAGAUGAAUGUUGAAUUUCUCCUAAUUUAUUUUCUAUUUCUAUAGCUUAUAAAGUUAAUAUAUUGUUUUACAUUAUAUUUAAGAGGCUUUUUUGUUUGCUAAAUUUAAAAUUUAUAUUAGUUGAUACCAUCAGAGGGCAGUGAUAUACUAUUGUAGAAUGUCAGAUUCAGCUCUAUAAAGAUCUUUAUAGUAACUGAGUUAAACAGAAAAUCUGUACAGGUUAUAAUGAGUGAUUAUUUGUCAAAUUUUUUGAUCAUUUUUGUAUUUAUUAAAGGAUAACUAUAAGAUUUAUACAGAUGUGAAAUUGCCAAGGCAUGCAUGAAUGUAUAAAAGAAAAAUAUAUAGGUACUGUAUUUUAAAAGAUGUACUUAAAACGUAAAAAAUUAGGAGGUAAUUCUGUAUGACGCAUAAUGAAAAACUGGAUCUUGUUUAUUAGGAACAUGACAGCAUCUUUAGUUUUUAUUUUUGUUUUUAAUAUAUAAUAAGCUAAACUAGAGCUCUAAAUAAGAACUUGUAAAUAUUAAGUGCCAAUAGGGGCUUUAAGUUAAAUAGACCAAAUCACUUGAUUUAUAAAAAGGAAACUGAGCCACUAUCUAAUUCAUCCCUCCCACAUGGCUUGUGUUAUAUUACAGUAUAUAAUACAUGUUAAUUUUAAAGAGUUUGAAAUAUAGCACAGUUCUCUUGACUCCUCAUGGAAAAAUCACUUUCUCGUUAUGUUAUUAAAUAUUCUAUGAAUAUCCAGGCAAAACAUAUAGUUACCAGGUUCCCUUUCCUUAAUCUCGAGGAUGAGUAAUAUUUUGCUCAUACAACCUAGUGGAAUGAAAUGACUGAAUUGCAUUUUAGUGAUAAAAAUAUUGACUUUAUCAAAAUAAUUAAUUUUUCCAAGGUAGAAAGGAAAAAGGAUCAUUAAUGGAUGAGUGUAUUAGAACCAGGGCGUAUCUUCCUUGAACUGAACAAAUCCUCCCUUCUAUUUUAUUAUAAUAAGAAAAGUUUAUCUUAAAUUUUAAAGAUUUAGAACUUGUCCACAAAAGUUCACUUCAAGGGGAAUAAUGCUCUGUAUCUAAAAGUAGUUUAUACACAAAUACAAUGCUUAAUUACUGUUGAAAGAUGAAUGAUAUUCAUCUUGGGGGAAAAUGGGAUAUGCUGUUCUUCCCAACCAGGAACUGCCUCCACAAUGUAAUCAGCUUUCCCAGGAAUCACUUGAGUUGCAGGAACUACUGGUGAUUCCCAAGUGCUGAGAUAUUUUGGAAAGAGAAAGAAAGGAGACUGGAUACCUGGUAGGAAACCAGUAAAUGACUACUAAAAAUAAUUCACUUGCAUCCAGACUUUUCCCCUUCAAGUUAUGGAUCUGUUCCUAUGAAAACUUUAAAUGGGGGCCAAUUUCCUUUAAUUUAAUUAGGACAUUAUAAUUCCUAAUAUGCCACCUAAACCCUCAGAAUGCUAAAAUAUAACAACACAGUAAAAUGCAGCAUGUAACUAUCAUGUUGAGAUGUAAAAUGUAUGAACUACUGUCUCUGUUCUACUACUGUUAAUCUAAAUGGCAGCAAAAGGUUGUAUAUUAUUACAUAGCUUUUUGUGAUAUGCUGCAUGUUUUGUAAACAUCCAUAUGUGAUGCUGUCCUUCUACAAAUUAUAUUUGGAAUGUAAUUUCA